UAUCUUUUGGGAAGUUGUGUCCUUGAAAAGUAGAUCUUAGGGCAAAAAACAAUGAGCACCCCUAUCUUCAAAUAUAUAUUGUAUUGAAUUAAUUUAUUGUUAAAUUAAACAUUUGAUGGUUCCCCAUUUUUUUUUCAAAGUAAAUACUGGCGACCACGUAAUGUUCAAGUCUUUCACAACACUAAUGAAGUUGUAACUUUUCAACUCACUCUUGAAGUCUCGCAUUUCAUUGCUCAUUACGCAGCAACAACUACUUCUUUUACUCCUGAGAACAAGAUUCCUUGAAAAUGAAGCAUGCGCAGAACAGAAAUGAAUGCUCCUUUCAAAGAGUACAGUUUAUAUAAAAUGCAUGUAAAGCUUACAUAGCCGUGAUAACUGCUAGUAACCUGCAUUUAAACAUAGAUAGCAUUAUGUCUUUAGCUGCCAUUGACAAAGAUAGACGUUCAAUCAUGUGGCUCUUUUCAUCCAUCUGCUGUAUAUUUAAAUUAGUUUGUCACGAGUAGACAUCCAAUCAAUUUGAACUGAGAGGGUUGGCAGUGAAUGAACAAACGUCUAUCACGAUCAAUGCCAGCCAAUGAGUUAACAACAUUGUUAACUUGUCUUAGCAUUGGCUAUCAAUUCAAUCUUGGUAAAAGGCUUGUUCAAUGUGCUGUCUAUGAAACAUUUUUGCAUUGUAAUUCAAAUUUCCUCCUCCUUUCAGGACACUUUAACCCAAUGAGAACCACACUUUUGAGUGUUCGUUGGCAAUGUUGGCAACUCAGCGACACAACUUUUCGGAUGUGUUAUCCACUCCGCGUCCUUUUAAUGGUAGCACGAUGAUGCAGAAGACAAAAGUAGGACAUAGAUUUGGUAAUUCCACCAAUUCACCUACUAGUCCAACUGCUGCAGGCAUCACCAUGACUCUUGGAAUUGUGUUCAAUGUAGUGGCGCUCAUCAUUCUUGCCAAAGCCUACACCCGCUUUAGGCGGAGGUCAAAGGCCACCUUUCUUCUUUUUGCUAGCUCUCUGGUGGCGACUGAUCUGGCCGGGCAUGUCAUCAAUGGAGCCUUGGUGCUAAGAAGAUACACAGCAGGAAUUGUGAACUUGACUGAUCCACUCUCUGACUUUUCAGGCAAUCUCAAAACUGAUCCAGAUGUCCCUUGUCUGUUUUUGGGAUGCUGCAUGGUGUUCUUCGGCCUGUCCCCCCUCUUCCUCGGCUGUGCUAUGGCCGCUGAGCGAUGCUUGGGUGUCUCCAGGCCUUUGCUACAUGCUCGUUUGGUCACGACAGCACGGACAAAGAUUGCACUAGCUCUCAUCUGGCUGUCGGCGUUGUCUGUGGCCCUGCUGCCGUUUUUCAGUUUAGGAGCCUACACUUAUCAGUACCCGGGUUCAUGGUGCUUUAUUAGGGUGAUGGAGGGAACUCAAAGCACAGAUUUAGUUUUUGUGACACUGUUCACCGGACUAGCAUUAAGCUCUCUGGCCAUCGCUUUUGUGUGUAACACCAUCAGUGGCCUAACCCUCAUGAGAGCAAGGUUAAAGAAGAAAUCCAGCUCCCAGCGCAGCUCGGCUAGGUCCCACGACACUGAGAUGGUGGUCCAGCUGGUUGGCAUCAUGGUCGCCUCGACCAUCUGCUGGAGCCCUCUCCUGGUCUUUGGACUCAUGUCAGCCACCCGGUCUUACAACAGAUCACUUGACCCAGACAGGAACACUUACAAGGAUUUAAUGGUAACUGGAGUCAGGAUGGCUACCUGUAACCAGAUCCUGGACCCAUGGGUGUACAUCUUGCUGCGGCGUGCAAUCCUCAAGAAAAUUUACAGGAUUACCAAAAGGCAAGCCAGCCUGAGGGGAAGUAUGCUUCGCUCUUUCCGCUGGGAUGUCAGCUCCUUUCAGAACUCAGAGAAAAAAAAUGUUAAAGUAUAAGGAACCGACGUCACACCAUCUGCCAUUCAGUACGAAAUUAAACCAGGACCUGUUCAACUUGGUCAGAACGUUACCCUGAAUGGCUUGCGGAAGAGGAAAAAAAUAUUACUUGAAAUAUAAAUAAAAACUGAUGAUGCCUGCUUGCAUUGUUUACAAUGGUGAAAUGUCACAGUCUGUAGUGAAUAAGUUGUUUUUGUUAUUAUUACAAAUGCUAAAUAUACACAUUCGAAUUUGUGCUUGUCCUCUAUGAGAACAAAACCUAGUUUAAAGUGAUUUGUUGAAAUACACUACGCCUGUCUGGCAACCAGUUCAGGGUGUACCCCGCGCCCUUUGUAAGGAUAAGCGAAAAUGAAUGAAUGAAUGUUGAAAUAGACUUAUAAUGUGUAAUGGUUAGUCUAUAUGAAGGUUAUAUUCCACAAUGUCAGGAAGCAAAUUAAUUAUGUGAAUUAUAAAUAUGUCCAAAUAAAUGGUCAGAGAUCAAAAUGAAGACUUCAUUUUGAAGAUGUGAAAGUGUGGGGGAAAUGGUCAAAUUGUUUGUUACAAUAGAGAGACAUUAAUGUGAUUGUGCUUCCAUCCAUCCAUCCAUCCAUCCAUCCAUCCAUCCAUCCAUCCAUCCAUCCAUCCAUCCAUCCAUCCAUCCAUCCAUCCAUCCAUCCAUCCAUCCAUCCAUCCAUCCAUCCAUCCAUCCAUCCAUCCAUCCAUCCAUCCAUCCAUCCAUCCAUCCAUCCAUCCAUCCAUCCAUCCAUCCAUCCAUCCAUCCAUCCAUCCAUCCAUCCUCUGCCGCUUAAUCCGGGGUCGCGAGGCAGCAGUUUUAGCAGGGAAGCACACCCAGCCACUUCAACCAUCUCCUCCUGCUGGAUCCCAAGGCGUUCUCAGGCCAGCCGUGUCCUGGGUCGUCCCGGGGCCUCUCGUCGGUGGGACAUGCCCGGAAUAUUCUUGCCAUUCUCUUGAUGAGCUUCAACAAGGAGUCACCUAAAAUGGUUUUUGACCUCACAGAUAUGACUUUUCAGGGUUAAUUAGUGGAAUUUAUUGCAAUGGGGUAGGGACCUUCAUUUGUGUUCCAUUGAAUGAGGUGUGUCCAAACGUUUGGCCAUGACUGUAUGUAUGUAAUGAAUAAUUUUUGGAUAUAUGUUUGUGUGCAUGUGUGUAAGGCAAAUUAACCUGACCAAGAUAUUACUUAAAUUCAAGUAAUUAGUAGUAUUUUUCAGGGUUUGAAAUUACAGCCAUUUUUGUUACAUAUGUGCAAUAGACUAUGAUUGUGCCCAAAAUGUAAUACAGUAUGUGUAAUUUACAAAUAUUUGGGAACAAAGAAUUAUCCGUCAUUGUUAGCUGUUUGUGAAGUUUAGUGUUUGCACGCUACAUCCACUUACAUUCCAUGUAACUCCCUGGGGUUAAGGCCCCCCCUGUUUUUAAAACCUAGUGACGCCACUGGUCCACACUCAAGGCCCAUGUGCCAAAUACAUACUAAUCACUGCCCUGAAUAAUACCUUUGUAAUAGUGGCAUGAUUAAUAAAAUGUCGAAUUGUUAUAUUGUACAACCAAUUUCUAAACGGUAUAUAAUUGGAUGUAUACAGUUUGGAGGAAAAUCAGGACUCAGAGCACACUGAUAAUUAAUUACCAAUUGAAUUUUGUUGAGGAUCUGGCGAAAAGUGUAGAUUCAAAGCAGAAUCAGGUCUUCAGCCUGCAAGGAAAAGGAUGCAACCUGUUUAUUGACAAAUGGACAAAUAGACACUGUACAUCUACACACACCAUUUAAAUUAUGAUGGCCAACACAACUGAUUGACGGAAGGGACGAUUCAAAUAUUGUCACACACAGCGAUUAUUACAUUGUAUCAUUUAGCUUUGUUUUGAGAAAACAAAAGUUUGUACGACAGGAUAAAAAAAGUCUUAAAUAGCAUUUUUGUGUUAAUUAGAAUCAUAUUUUGAGACGAUUCGACUAUAUACAACAAUUUGGCAAAGCGCAGAUGAUGAGAAAUUAGUUUUUUAAUCCGCCGUUUAGCCACGCCUACCAUUCUCGGGAUCAAGCGUCCCCAACAAGAGGAUGACGUCAGUGGUGUCAUGGUUUCAUCUGAUUUAGAAUUCAGCCCAUUGACGGGGAAUUUUUCAGAACGAGGAAAAUGCGACGAAGAGAGCUGCAAAAUGUAAUUGUUUCAGUCUCUCUACUCCAGUAUCUGUACAGGAUAUUCUUUUUAUCUAAGUAUUUUUCCCCAAUAGCUAAAUAAAUGGUAUGGUCAUGACAAAAUAACAGUGUUGUGCUAAAUGGAAUAUGAAAUAAUAAAAAUGCACUUAUUCAGUACGACAUGGCAAAAUUACUCCAUAUUGGUCAAAACUGUCGACUUCACCUUCACUGUCGCACCUCCCGAACGAUAUUUUAUGCCACCGUAGUUAGUCAGGUGUCAAGUUCAAAAAUAGAACCUUAGUUAGACAUUUGUAAAAUUACCCAAAAAGAAGGAGAGUGUUAGGUUUUGUGUUGGGUUUUUCCUGGUGUGACUUGUCUCUGUGAUUACCCAUUGAUUUCACCUGUGUGUGUUCUCCCAGCGUAUCCUGCAAUCUGCAUCCACCUGUGUUACUCAGCUGUUCCUCGUCUCGUUACCCCUUGUCUGCGUGUGUAUAUAAUGACCCAGUUCCUUGUCACCCCUUGUUGCGUCAUUGUCUAUGUCAGUGUCUAUGUCUACGUCUGCCAAAGUCAAGACCUGCCCAAGCCCUCGUGUACCAGUCCCUCCGUUUAAGUAAGUUUCUGUUUGAACAUUGCCUUUUUGAUCCCCAGUCCUUUUGGUUGUACUUUGUGCUUUUGGUCAGUUGUUAUUAAAACGUGUUUUGAGUUCUCCUCCACCUGCCUUGCUGCUUUUUGCUUCCCUGCAAUUGGGUUCACACCACCUGCC